AUGGCCUCCCGUCUCGGCCUUUUUCAGGACCUGCACGUGGCCUGCAAAGCAUUGGCAUGCCUCGGUGCAUCCAUGGCCGUUCCCUGCGUCGCGGGAUUGGCAGCUGAAACAGGAGACUAUUCGGGUGAGAAUCCCCCGCUUUGUGCGGUGGGCACAUCUGCUGCAGGACGUGGCCUUUAUGUUAAGAAGCCGAUUCUUCAGCGGGAGGUCAUUCUGAAGGAUGUGGCUGUGGUUGAUUCAGUCUGCCCACAGGAAAGGAUUCAGAAGGUGUUCUCUACCAGGCCCCCGGAGCUGUCUCGAGCGCAACGGGAGCCGAUAUGGGGAAUGGUUACGAACUUUGUCUAUCUCUUGCAAGACGUCCCAGGGCACGUAAACUUGAGUGAGGCCGCGAACCAAGAAGGCGCAGAGAUGCGAGCACGGCGUCGGCGAUUGGAGCUUUUCGACGCAUUCUACAGACCGCAGCUUCAGGAUGCAAAAAGUAAUUUGUACAAGCUGCACGCCCAAGAGAUGCAUGAAGCAAUGGACCCGACCUUCCAGCAGUCAGUGGCUUCGGAUGUGGUGGCUGACUUGCUUACUGUCGUCCGGCUUGAUGCACACAUAGUGCGCAAGGAAGGGGGGAUGAACGGCUUGGGCUUGUUUUUCUGGCUUCAUUUGGCAAACCACAGCUGCUGUCCGAAUGCUUUCUUCCACACGCACACGCAGGGAGGCAGUGCCCAGGCGACUCUUUAUGCCUUGCGGCCCUUAGCCUCCGGUGAGGAGGUUUGCAUUUCAUACGUGGAUGGACAGACUCUCUUAAGCCCUGUACAAGUCAGACGUCGCAUCAUCCAGAAUCAGUUCGGGUUCCUCUGCGUCUGCAGCCGGUGUCGUGAGGAGAGCCGAGAAGCCAACGAGACACCCUAG